CCGGACGCGCGUCGCGGUUUUCGGUCGUCGUUGUCGUUGCCGUCGAAGUUUUCAUGUGUUGUGGGAAAAUUCGAUAUUUUCCGUUUGUGGAGUGGUUGAAUUGGAAAUCGUACAACAUCCAACGUGUGGCGUUUCUAGAGGAAGCGUGAGUUAAUGGUGAAAGCGAUCCACCUGAAAGACACACAAAUAAUGAGAUAGAGAAAUGAAAUGUGAAAUGUUGUCGGUGGGCGAGAUUUGUCGGGCACCGGAAUGUGCCGGGUGAAAGGUUGCCGGGUUGCUGCUGAGGCGUCCUUCGACGAACACCUGAGGUCUCGGGUGUCACACGAAUUUCGGUGCGUUCUGAUGUGGUGAUGUUUUAAAGCCUCUCCUGUCUCCGAGCCGCCAUCAAGGGAGAGCAAGUGUUGUGUCGCUGGUUUUCGUUGUAAGCGGAGUCGACAUCCGGAGGGUAACCUGAGCCCCGUUGGCGUGUGAAUCGAUGAAUCCGGCCUACCAGAGGCCCCGAUUUCCAGACGCGGUGUGAAACUGUUUUGACAGUUUGACAGGUUCGUCGCACGGGACACGCCGACAGGACGAUCGUCUACGGGCUUCGAAUGAUUGAUGCGGUGCGUGAGAAAAGUGAUCGAGAUUAUUAAAACGACCCAAAGAAUGCGUGUGUUUGCGGUUCGAGAAAAAAGUGAAAUGCUAAAAGGGUGAAAUGAGAAAGAGAAUGAAGUGUUAGUGCAAACAAGGUGUUCGAAUCCUUAUUGAGGAAAAGAGAAAAGAAAGAAGUAAAAUUCGCAAAGUAUGUUACCUUCCAUCAAUUCGGGCGGCCAAUCGAUGGCUCAAUCAUUAGUGCGGAUGUGUUUUCCGGUCGGCAGUGGGACCCCAUUUUCCACCCGGCGGCGAAGGUGGACGAUGGCGGCCGGUGUGCUGGUGUUGGUCGUGCUCAACCUGUCGCUGGCGUCGGCCGCCCACUGGGACCACGCGGUCUUCCUCGACGACGACUAUCGGCUGCUGUGGAGCAUCACCGGGCAGGAUAUCACCUUCGAGGUGCAGGCCCGGACGAAGGGCUACAUCGGGCUCGGCUUUUCCAAGGACGGCACGAUCUACGGCGCGGACAUCGUUAUCGGCUGGGUCGACCAGGGCCAGGUCCACUUCCAGGAUCGACACACGAAAAAGCACGGCGACGGCGAACCGCUGGUCGACUCCUCGCAGGACUACGUGCUGCUGCUCGGCUACGAGAACCAAACCCACACCGUGCUGCGGUUCAAGCGCAAGCUGGACACUUGCGACGUGGCGUACGACGUGCCAAUCACGAACGACACGAUGCGUGUCAUUUACAUGUACCACGAUAAGGAGCCGCACGGGGCGUUCUACACGCCCGGCAGUCUACCCGAUCCGGCCGAGGCGUUCAAGCAGGCCCGCUCGCUGUUCCUCACGCAACGGAUCAAUCAGACGCCGCUGAAGACGGAUCCGCGGAUGAAGACGAUGGAGCUGCUCAAUCAGGACGUCAAUCUGCCGCAGCAGGAGGGCACCCUGCACUGGUGCAAGAUGUUCAAGCUGAACGAUAUCAAUCGCAAACAUCAUCUGAUUAGGUACGAGCCCGUGUUUGAUUCGGCCACCAGCGCAUCGUUCGUCUACCAUAUGAUCCUGCACGAGUGUCAAGGAUCGUCACCGGAGCUGGAAAUCAUGUCCCGGGAAAAUGGCAGUCCCUGCUACAAGGCUGACCGAUCGAUACUCACCUGCAACUCGAUCGUGGCAGCCUGGACUCGCGGUUCGGAGGGUUUUUCCUUCCCAAGUCAGGUCGGGUAUCCGUUGGAGUCGAACCAGGCUCGCUUCUACCUGAUGGAGACACACUAUAGCCUGAGUGCCGGAGAUUACGGGUGGCCGUCGGAGCCGAAGGCGAUGGUGGACAACUCGGGGUUGAAGCUGUUCUACACCAGCACGCUGCGCAGCCAUGACGCGGGUGUCCUGUCGAUCGGCAUGGACCCGAACUGGCGACAUAUCAUCCCGCCCGGCCAGGACCACGUAGUGUCGGAGGGUCAUUGCGUGGGCGAUUGUACUCAGCGAGCGUUCCCGCGUGACGGUGUACACUUCUUUGCGGUCAUGAUGCGAACGCACCAAAUCGGGCGUCAGAUAAAGCUACGGCAGAUACGGCAUCGCGAGGAGCUGCUGCCGAUCGCACACGAUCGCAACACUGACUGGAACUAUCAAGAGUAUCGAAGGCUCGCGGAUCCGGUGCGAGUACUUCCCGGGGAUCGGCUUAUUGCCGAGUGCAUAUACGACAGCUCGGCCCGAACCGCAAUCACCCUCGGAGGGUUAACGACACGCGAGGAAACCUGCCUGGUGCUUGCCCUGUACUACCCUCGCCAGAAGGAACUGACCACGUGUCACUCGCUGCCAAGCCUACCGACUGUCAUCAACUCGCUUGGCAUCAACGAACUGGUGCCUGGUUCGAAUCCGGUCAGAAUUGCAUCACCUCCAGAGCUCUCCGGGAUGACGCUGGAAACGAGACUCAUAUCGUACGACUGGCGAAAUAAUUUCCGCAGCUUCCAGUACGUCACGCGGCGGGGGUCCUUCAAACCGUUGUGCUGGAGUGCGCGAAAUCAACCAAUGCCGGGCACCGAGAACCUGGAAGGGUUCGCACCGAACAUCACCAAGUCGUACAAGAUCAUCCGGUCGUGCAGCUUCGUCGGGAGCACCAACGUGGCCAACGUGGUCGUCAUGCAGAACCGCAACCGGUACGUGACGGAGCCGGAAACGGGCGUCGAGCUGCCGCUGGACAUCGGCGACGGCGACGACGACGAUGACGACAUCGACAGCAACAACGUGAUAGAGGGAGCCGCCCGGAGCAAGGUGUCCCGCAGCUCGGUCACCGAGUCGAUGGGUCUGAGUGGCGCCCUGGCCAUCUCGUUCCGGGCUCACGUCGAGGCGAAGAUGUUUGCGUUUCUGCUGUUCAUCAUCUUCCUGAACUCGUUCCGGAUAGCGACGACGUAA